UAGUGAGACAAAUUUCUAUCACUUGGGGACACCCCUGAAUUAAGUUUUUGAAAACAUUUACACUCUAAUAUCAACAGGAGUGAAAGUUCUCACUAUCUCAUGCUGCUUUUUCCUGUUAUCCAUAACUGAAUCUGUUUGGAUGAUUAUUGUUUUAUGUUUCCAGAGCUACGCCUUCAUCAGACAGGAGCAGCUGCAGCUUCUGGCUGAAAAACUUGACUCCACCAAGCCCAAAGAGGUGCGACGUGAGGCUCUGCAGGCUCUCUGCUGCGCUACUCCGUCCGACGUGCUGAGCUGCGAGAGCUGGAGCACGCUACGCACAAACCUCUGCUCUGCUCUCACCGAACCCGACCUCAGCGAGAAAGUCCUGCAGUUUUUCGCUAAAAGCUUUUCUUCAUCGCCGCUAAAUGUGACCAGAGAGAUUUACACCUGCUUGGCAAAGAGUGUGGAAUCGGCUUUUCUGUCUCAGAGGUUAAGCUUCCCAACCAGAUCAGCUGCUGUCGACAUCAACAGCCCUCACAUCAGUCGUCUUCUCAAACAGAUUCGACUGAUGAAUGAUUUCCAGAAGGAGGUGACGACCUUCUGGAUCCGUCACCCGGAGAAAUACAUGGAGGAGAUUAUAGAGAGCACUUUCUGUCUUUUGUCCUUCCAUCAUGACCAUGGCUCAGCUGGAACAGAGAAAACAUUGGAACCGGUCCAUUUGCUGUCCUUACUGGACAUUAAAGCCACCUGGUUUAAUAAAUGGAUGCAUGGUUACUACAGCAGGACGGUGGUUCUCAGGCUCCUUGAGAGAAAAUAUAAGACUCUGAUUGUAUCGGCUCUUCAGCAGUGUUUACAUUUCAGUGAGUCCUUUGAACGUAGCUCAGGUGAGGCUGCUGAUUCUCAUGCGGAGGACUCCAGUGACCCUGGUUUGCUACAGAGAGGCGUUUUUACCAGGAGGGAUCUUGAGUAUUCGUUCUUUGUUCACUCUUUAUGCAUCCUGGGUAAACUCAUCAUCUACACCAACGGACGAAAACUCUUUCCUAUCAAAAUUAGGAAACACAAAGACCCGGUUAGUCUGACAGACCUGCUUGUCAUCCUGAUUAACAUCAUGUAUCGACACCCCCGACCUUCGAACGGCGACUCGUCACUGACAGGCUCGCUGUCGCCCAGCUGUCUGGUGAUGGAGGUGCUGUGGAUGUUAUGUGAACGAACAGAAUGUGCUGCUGAUUGUCUUCUCCAGACUCCUGUUAUUGAGACUCUGCUCACACCUGUUGUUGCUCUCCUCAAUGCACAACAGACUAACUUGAGGAAUCCUGCAGCCACUCUGAUUCUCAUCGCCGACGUUUUGGCUCGCAUCGCGAACACCGACAGAGGAUUAGCGCUUUUCCUGUACGAGAAGAACCUUGUCGUUGCCCACAGUGAAAAAACCUUCGCUGCUCACAUCGUCGUCCAGUUCACCUUGAGGCUGCUGAAUAAAGCCCUGCCGUCUCUAAGUGAAUCAGACACAUCUCAGACGUUAUGCGGAGCUUUCAUCUUUGUUUGUAGACAGAUGUACAACACCUGUGAGGGUCUGCAGGUCCUGCAAACAUAUGGCCUGCACAAAGCCAUCGCUGCUGCCUGGAAGAAGACGAGUUCUUUAUCAGAAAGGAUCCCAACUCCAGUUUCUGGAUCCUGCACUGGACCAUCUACCCAGGAAACGGCAAACAUGCUUGUCUGGGAGGAAACUUUGUUGGGCAGUCUGCUGAACUUUGCUGCGACCCCUAGAGGCCUUUUGCUGCUACAUGUCCUGAGCCCUAACCCCUCCCAGGACCAUGUCCAGACCGCCCAAAAUGCUCCAAAACACACUCUGUCUCGCCUCCGCCUCAGUGCCCUGAGCACCAAAAAACCCCUCUCCCAGGACCAUGUCCAGACCGCCCAAAAUGCUCCAAAACACACUCUGGGCUUCCCUUCUAAGACAGUCUCACGCCUCCUCAGUGCCCUAACAGCCAAAUACCUCUCCCAGGACCAUGUCCAGACCCCAAAAUGCUCCAACACACUCUGUCCACCAACCUCCGCCUCAGGGCUUCGCCCUGGCGCUCCCAAGACAGUCUCACGCCUCCGCACUCAGUGCUUCCCUGAGCACCCAAAAUACCUCUCCCAGGACCAUGUCCAGACCGCCCAAAAUGCUCCAAAACACACUCUGUCCACCACCUACGCCUCAGGGCCCCCCUGGCGCUCCCAAGACAGUCUCACGCCUCCACUCAGUGCCCUGAGCCCUAACCUCUCCCAGGACCAUGUCCAGACCCCAAAUGCUCCAAACACACUCUGUCCACCAAACCACUCUAGCCCCCGCACUCAGGGCUUCGCCCUAACCCUACUCCACCUCGAUCCGACCCUAGUCGUAAUGGUGUCUAUGGCAGCUAUAAACAACCCAAACUUGGUACCUCCUAUACUAACAAGUCUGGCGGAACCUGGGAAGGCUGAUACGUACCGGGCCCCUGGUUUCAAAAACACGCUAUCCGUUAACACCGCAAGGUGGAACUAG